GCAGCAUUGGCCACUGGCACAAUAUAACACUGAUUGAUCCACUAACCGAGGAGAGGGAUUUACUUUAUUCAACCUUUCAUUUCAGCCGUCCUUUAUUUUAUUCAACUAAAACAAUGGCAGACACAAAAGUUGACUCCGGCUCGGAUAUCUCUGCCAAGGACCUGAAGGAGAAGAAGCUGCUGGAGGAGAAGGAGAACGGCAAAGAUGCCGCCACCAACGGAAAGGAGAAUGAGGAGAACGGCGAGCCUGAGGUAGAUGAUGAAGAUGAUGAUGAGGUUGACGAGGAGGACGAGGAAGACGAUGUAGAAGGUGACGAGGAAGACGAGGAGGACGAUGAUGAUGAAAUUGAGGGCGGCACAAAACGGGCAGCUGAGGAUGACGACGACGACGACGAGGACGACGUCGAAACCAAGAAGCAGAAAACCGACGACGACGAUUGAUGCGUUUCCCCCCCACGCCACUUCCUGGUUCUUCACCUCUGACUGUUUUUAUAUGUCACCGGUGGGGGGGCGGGAGGACUGAUUUUAAAAGGAGAAAAAAUAAUAAUAAAGAAAAAAAAUCCAACAUGGUCAUUAGCAAGUAGAGUUCAACAAACAUCUACCACACACACACACACACACACACACACACACACACACUCACACACACUCACUCUCACACACACUCAAUCUCCCCGCAAAACUGCAAAUUUUCUAGAGGAACCCCCCACCCCCACCACAUCGAUGCAGAAAUCCGGCUCAACAACAACAACAACACGAAAGGAGAAUUUGUUUGUAUUUUUAUUUACAUUUUAUAUUUUUGUACAUAUUGUUCGGAGGGGGGGCAGUUUCUCUCAGCAGCGAUCUCGUCAGACCAAAUCGGUGCUUCUUUAACGAAAGAUUUUACUUGGUUGACCAUGUUACGAUAUCUCAACAGAUACUAGAAAAACCAGUUACAACCAUGACAGACGACCUUAAAGCCGUUGAACUCAGAGCAUUCCAGUAAAUUUAAUGUAUGUACUUUAGCUGUACCAUAACUAGUUUGUUUGUAUGGGGGGGGUAAGGCCGAAGGAAAGAGCCUCUUUUCUUUUCUUUUGUUUUAUGACGGCCUGUUUUGAUGUAUGUGCGAAGUUUGUUGUUUGACAAUAAACCGGACUUUUAUUUUGUGAGUUGUA